CCGUGCUAAAGAGACAGGAACUUCAUUCUGCUCAGUCAGAAACUAUGCCCCUGCCCACACCAUGAGCUGGCUCUCGAGUUCCCAGGGAGUUGUGCUAACUGCCUACCACCCCAGCGGCAAGGACCAGGCCGUGGGGGAGAGCCUUGCCAAGGGAGGUGAGGAAGCCACCUCGAGUCGCAGACAUGGCCAGUAUACCAUGAACCAGGAAAGUACUACCAAGGUUACAGAGACGCCUCCAUUUGAUCGAUCCAGUUCCCAAGAUUCCAUGGAUGAACUCUCUAUGGAGGACUAUUGGACAGAGCUAGAAAAUAUCAAGAAGUCUAAUGAAAACCGACAAGGAGAUCCAGAAGUGGUGGUUGUCAAGGAGCCUGAUGAGGGAGAAUUGGAAGAAGAGUGGCUUAAAGAGGCUGGUUUGUCCAAUCUCUUUGGGGAGUCUGCUGAUGAUCCCCAAGAAAGCAUGGUGUUCUUAUCCACGCUGACCCGGACCCAGGCAGCAGCUGUUCAGAAACGAGUAGAAACCGUCUCCCAGACCUUGAGGAAAAAAAACAAACAAUACCAAAUUCCUGAUGUCAGGGACAUAUUUGCUCAACAGAGAGACUCCAAGGACAAAUCUCCAGAUGGCUCGGAUCUGCAGUCAGGCAGAACAGAUGAAAACAAAUACCAAGGAAAAGAUGACCAGGAAUCUAGCAGGGUUGAUGAAGAUAAAGAACCAGUCCUAUUGGUGCCUGAGGACUCACCUGUUUCAGUGACAGACAUCAACCUAGAAGUAUCAUUUGCUGAGCAAGCGGUCAAUCAGAAAGAGAGCUCUAAGGACAAGACACCGAAGAUCAAGACCAACGAUGCCUCAUUACCUAGUUUCAGAUUGCCAAAAGAUAAAACAGGCACCACAAGGAUUGGAGACCUGGCACCCCAAGACAUGAAGAAAGUUUGUCGUUUAGUCUUGAUUGAGCUGACGGCCCUCUAUGAUGUGCUGGGUGUUGAACUCAAACAACAGAAAGCUGUGAAAAUCAAAACAAAAGAUUCUGGUCUUUUUGGUACUCCUUUAGCCAUAUUAUUAGAACAAGAUCAAAAGAAAGUGCCAGGAACACGAAUACCCUUGAUCUUUCAAAAACUGAUUUCUCGAAUUGAAGAGGGGGGUUUGGAAACUGAAGGCCUUUUACGAAUACCUGGAGCUGCCGUAAGAAUCAAGAAUCUUUGCCAAGAAUUAGAAGCAAAAUUUUAUGAAGGAACUUUCAACUGGGACAGUGUCAAACAGCACGAUGCAGCCAGCUUGCUGAAGCUCUUCCUCCGGGAGUUGCCCCAGCCACUGCUCAGUGUGGAGUAUCUCAAGGCCUUUCAGACUGUGCAGAAUCUUCCAACCAAGAAGCAGCAGCUCCAGGCUUUGAACCUUCUGGUCAUCCUCCUACCUGAUGCAAACAGAGACAUGCUGAAGGCCCUGCUUGAAUUUCUCCAAAGAGUCAUAGAUAAUAAAGAGAAAAAUAAAAUGACAGUUAUGAAUGUAGCAAUGGUCAUGGCCCCGAAUCUCUUUAUGUGUCAUACACUGGGUUUGAAGUCUAACGAGCAGCGUGAAUUUGUAAUGGCAGCUGGGACAGCGAAUACUAUGCACUUAUUGAUCAAAUACCAGACGCUUCUAUGGACAAUUCCCAAGUUUAUUGUAAACCAAGUGAGAAAACAGAACAUUGAAAAUCAUAAAAAGGAUAGGAAAGCCAUGAAGAAAUUGUUGAAGAAAAUGGCUUAUGACCGAGAGAAAUAUGAAAAGCAGGAUAAGACUACAAAUGAUGCUGACGUUCCUCAGGGAGUGAUUCGAGUGCAAGCUCCCCAUCUUUCCAAAGUUUCCAUGGCAAUACAGCUAACUGAAGAACUGAAAGCCAGUGAUGUACUCGCCAGGUUUCUCAGCCAGGAAAGUGGGGCUGCCCAGACUCUCAAGAAGGGGGACGUCUUCCUGUAUGAAAUUGGAGGGAAUAUUGGGGAGCGCUGUCUGGAUGACAACACAUACAUGACGGACUUGUAUCAGCUCAACCCAAAUGCCGAGUGGGUCAUUAAGCCCAAGCCACUGUAGAAGACUGAGGUGCCAGUUAAGCAGAGAGGACUGGCAUAGUCAUCCUUACUGGGCCAAGUGUGUAAAUAAAGACAUAAUAUGAUUCUUAUUACUCAACUGUACCCGACUGUUAAGAAGUGACACUCACAAGCCUUCCAAAAUUACAGAUUGGUGCUGCUGCCAGAAUUUCAUUACUUAUCAUUCCUAGAAAGCAAGCAUUUCUGGAGAAGAAAGGGGCUAAAUUGUGGAGUAUUUUCAUGUACUCUGAAAUGUGUCCAGAUAGGACUAUCAUUUUUUGUUUUCUUUCUUUUUUUUCCUCUUUUUCAUUGUUUUGUUUGUUUGAGGGUAAGGUCUUGCUCUAGCCCAGGCUGGCUUGAUAUGUGUUAUGUUGUCUCAGGCUGGCCUUGAACUCACAGCUAUCCUCCUACCUUGGUCUCCUUAGUGCUGGGAUUAAAGGCUUGAACCACCACACCUGUCCAUUUUUUUUUUUUAAUAUGAAUUACUCCACAAAUUUUUUGUGUGUGGAUAGUACUGGGAAUGGAGUAUGUGCUAGGCAAGAGCUCUACAAUACUGAGCUAUAUCCCCUGUAAAUUAAAGGUAUGAACAUACUAUUUACUAAUCUAGUUAGCAAUGUCAAGUUUCCAGUGAGGUUUUGUUGUAUUUAAAAUUCAAGAUUGCUAUCUCUCUUCUUUGUCUUCACCUUUUCUCAGUAAUGUUUGCCUUUGAAUCAAGAAAGGAUAGUAAAUUCCAGAUAUGGCAACUUACAGAGAUGGCAUGCAUUAAGACAGAGCCAGAACUCAGCAGUAUUCUUGUAACUGGAACAUUGGUGUUCAUGGUUUUGAGUCCUUUGUCUAAGCAAUUCCAUCUUACUGUAUGUCAUGCAGUGAUUGGUACUGUCAGUGUGUGACAUACAUACAGAGAGCAGUCUCCAUGAUCAAAAUAGAACUGUCAGGAACUGCCAGUUCUUACUGGAACAUUACAUGCACAUAUACUCAGAAGAAAUAAUGUAGAUCCAUUUGGCAUAACUGAGUUGCCUAUAACCAUGGAGUGAAAGCCAAUCACUUUGUGUAAAUUGUGGUCAUCAAAUGGAAUCCAAGAAGUCACAGCUAACUCUCCUCAUUGUGUUAGCGUUUUAAAUAUGCAUCAUAGCAUAAUCUGUUAGUGGAUGCAGAAUGCAUUCUGAAAAUGGAAUUUCUUUCUUUUUCUUUUCCUUUUUCUUUCUUUUUUUGUUCCUAAGUCUACUGGAAGAGUUUAGUACUGUGGGUAUGACAGUCAUGUGAACAAGCCUUUGUGUGCUCCUUUUAAGUAAUCAGAGUCCGUUUAUUAAAAAGUUGUGAAAAUACUCUUCCCAGGGAUUGAAAUGCAUAGACCACACUGUGACAAGAAAUGAACCUCUGUACUGUAAAUAAGAGAAAGGAAGAGAGACGGUCAGUAUUUCAUGAGGUGAGAGUGUCAUAUGAAAAGGUGGUGUGAAUGAUGCUGCACCAGCUGUGUUCCUGACACUGUGGGUGGUUCCUUAGGGGAAAAGACACGUUCUCUGAAGCUCUUGAUGCUACUGUGUUGAGGAAGGGAAUGGUCAGAAUCCCGGUGUAUAAUUGUAACAGUUGCCUGCGGAUGUGCUCACGUCAAUAACUGUGGUGAUUCGUGCCAUUGCUCUUUUUUAUUUAAAGAAAUUUUAUAAUUAAAUGCCUUUUUCUAAAUUA